UUCAAUUGAAACAGUGUUCCCCCGACCAAAAAGAAAAAAAAGAACUGAAUUGAAACAGUGCGUGCAAACACACGGAAGAACAACAAAAGCAUCCUCGGCCUCAUCGUACCUUGUCUUUCCAGUUAAACAACGAAAGAAGAACAACGGCAGAGCCGCUCGCCCCGCCUCCGAAAUCAAAUUCGUGUCAGAAUUUUAGCCGCUGCCCACGAUUUCUGCCGCAUUUCCUCUCAUAAAGUUGUCGUCUUUUUUGUUUUGUCGUUUGUUUUUUCUUGGAUGUCUCCGUCUGUGUCGUGGGUUACGGAUUGCUGGAGGUGAAAGAUGCGUUUGAUUUGAUCCGACCCGAAAAAGAUUCGUGCUUUUCGCUCCCUGAGAUCCGCACAUCAUGGCGACAAAAGGGAACUCAGGAGAUAACAGGAGUCGAAGCUCCAUGUCAAUUGUCAUUGUAGCUGGCCUGUGUUGUUUCUUUUACAUAUUGGGUGCGUGGCAGCGAAGUGGUUUUGGGAAGGGAGAUAGCAUAGCUGUGGAGAUUACCAGACAGACAGACUGCAGUAUCCUAUCCAAUCUGAAUUAUGAGACCCAUCGUGGUGGGAUUGACGAUUCUGAAGGAGUUGUCAAGGAGUUCAAAUCAUGCGGAAAUCGCUAUAUUGAUUACACUCCCUGCCAAGAUCAAAUGCGAGCAAUGACUUUCCCCCGAGAAAGUAUGAAUUACAGGGAAAGACAUUGUCCGCCUGAAGAAGAGAAGCUACAUUGCCUUAUUCCGGCACCCAAAGGCUAUGUGACUCCAUUUCGAUGGCCCCAAAGCCGUGACUAUGUACCUUAUGCCAAUGCUCCCUAUAAAAGCCUGACAGUUGAGAAGGCUGUUCAGAACUGGAUUCAGUACGAGGGUAACGUGUUUAGGUUUCCUGGUGGUGGAACACAGUUUCCUCAUGGAGCAGAUGCAUAUAUCAAUGAACUUGCAGCUGUGAUCCCAAUGGACAAUGGGAUGGUUAGAACUGCAUUGGACACUGGAUGUGGGGUUGCCAGCUGGGGUGCCUACCUAUUUAAGAAAAAUGUUAUAGCAAUGUCAUUCGCACCAAGAGACUCUCAUGAAGCACAAGUUCAAUUUGCUCUGGAAAGAGGUGUUCCGGCAGUUAUUGGAGUCCUCGGAACUAUAAAGCUGCCUUACCCUUCUAGGGCCUUUGACAUGGCUCACUGCUCUCGUUGCCUGAUACCGUGGGGUGCAAAUGAUGGAAUGUACAUGAUGGAAGUUGACCGGGUUCUAAGACCUGGUGGUUACUGGGUGCUUUCGGGUCCUCCUAUUAACUGGAGGAAUAAUUAUGUAGCGUGGCAGCGCCCUAAAGAAGAACUUGAGGAAGAACAGAGGAAGAUUGAAGAGGUUGCGAAACUUCUCAACUGGGAAAAGAAGCAUGAGAAGGGUGAAAUUGCCAUCUGGAGGAAACUAACAACUUCUGAGUAUCGUCGUGACCAAGAUCCGCAACCGAAUAUGUGUGAAUCCAAUAAUGCCGAUGAUGUUUGGUACCAGAAGAUGGAGUUGUGUGUAACUCCUUAUCCUGAGACUUCUGAUGCCAAUGAGGAUGCUGGUGGGCCAUGGAUUCCAUUCCCGGAGAGGCUUAAUGCUUUACCUUUCAGAAUAUCUAGUGAUUCUGUCCCGGAUGUAUCUGCUGAGACAUUCCAGGAGGACAAUAAGGCAUGGAAGAAACACGUAAAUGCUUAUAAGAGGACCAACAAGUUAAUGGACACUGGAAGGUACCGCAACAUUAUGGAUAUGAAUGCCGGUCUGGGAAGUUUUGCUGCUGCUCUCGACUCUCCUAAAUUGUGGGUUAUGAAUGUUAUGCCUACAAUAGCUGAGAAAGACACGUUGGGAGUUGUAUUUGAACGUGGAUUGAUUGGCAUUUACCAUGAUUGGUGUGAAGCCUUCUCCACGUAUCCAAGGACAUAUGACCUUAUUCAUGCAAACGGUGUUUUCAGCUUGUACAAGGAUAAGUGCAAUGCUGAAGACAUUCUUUUGGAGAUGGAUCGCAUUCUACGGCCUGAAGGAGCAGUGAUAUUUCGUGAUCACAUGGAUGUGCUAGUCAAGGUGAGCAAACUUGUGAGAGGAAUGAGAUGGAACACGAAAAUGGUGGACCAUGAAGACGGCCCUCUUGUUCCUGAAAAGGUAUUGUUUGCGGUUAAACGGUACUGGGUUGCCGGUGAAGACAAAUCUACAACGUCGGAAUGAAUAAGAAGCAGAAGGGGCGCGUCUCCUAUAGCAUUUUUGUUGAUUGCCCUGUUCUCACCCCUCUUCUUUAAGUAAUUAAGUGAUUUUUUCAUUUUCUUGGUCCUAAAAUGUUCAAGUUCUACAGCAUUUUCUUUUUAAGUUAAUGUUUAGUUUUUCUUCUCUUUUGUAACUUGAUUAACUAAUGAUUUAAUUCAAUUUUAUUAUUAAUUUAAUUUUUAAUA